AUGAAAAAAAUCUGUCUGUUCAUAUCUAUCUAUCUAUCUAUCUAUCUAUCUAUCUCUCUCAGUCUGUUCACAUCUAUCUAUCUAUCUAUCUAUCUAUCUAUCUAUCUAUCUAUCUCAGUCUGUUCAUAUCUAUCUAUCUAUCUAUCUAUCUAUCUAUCUAUCUAUCUAUCUCAGUCUGUUCACAUCUAUCUAUCUAUCUAUCUAUCUAUCUAUCUCAGUCUGUUCACAUCUAUCUAUCUAUCUAUCUAUCUAUCUAUCUAUCUAUCUAUCUAUCUCAGUCUGUUCAUAUCUAUCUAUCUAUCUAUCUAUCUAUCUAUCUAUCUUCAUUGUCUAUCUCUCUCUCUCGGUCUGUUCACAUCUAUCUAUCUAUCUAUCUAUCUAUCUAUCUAUCUAUCUAUCUCUCAGUCUGUUCACAUCUAUCUAUCUAUCUAUCUAUCUAUCUCUCAGUCUGUUCACAUCUAUCUAUCUAUCUAUCUAUCUAUCUAUCUCUAUCUAUCUCUCAGUCUGUUCAUCAUCUAUCUAUCUAUCUAUCUAUCUAUCUAUCUCAGUCUGUUCAUAUCUAUCUAUCUAUCUAUCUAUCUAUCUAUCUCAGUCUCAUUCACAUCUAUCUAUAUCUAUCUAUCUAUCUCAGUCUGUUCAUCUAUCUCAUCUAUCUAUCUAUCUAUCUAUCUAUCUAUCUAUCUCAGUCUGUUCAUAUCUAUCUAUCUAUCUAUCUUCAUUGUCUAUCUCUCUCUCUCGGUCUGUUCACAUCUAUCUAUCUAUCUAUCUAUCUAUCUAUCUAUUCAUCUAUCUAUCUCAGUCUGUUCAUCUAUCUAUCAUCUAUCUAUCUAUCUAUCUAUCUAUCUAUCUAUCUCAGUCUGUUCCAUAUCUAUCCUAUCUAUCUAUCUAUCUAUCUAUCUUCAUUCAUAUCUAUCUCUCUCAGUCUGUUCAUCUAUCUAUCUAUCUAUCUAUCUAUCUCUCUCAGUCUGUUCAUCUAUCUAUCUAUCUAUCUCUCUCAGUCUGUUCAUCUAUCUAUCUAUCUAUCUAUAUCUAUCUAUCUAUCUAUCUAUCUAUCUCAGUCUGUUCAUAUCUAUCUAUCUAUCUAUCUAUCUAUCUAUCUCAGUCUAUUUCAUCUAUCUAUCUAUCUAUCUAUCUAUCUAUCUAUCUAUCUAUCCCAUCUCUGUUCAGUCUAUUCAUCUAUCUAUCUAUCUAUCUAUCUAUCUAUCUAUCUCAGUCUGUUCUAUUCAUCUAUCUAUCUAUCUAUCUAUCUAUCUUCAUUGUCUAUCUCUCUCUCGGUCUGUUCAUCUAUCUAUCUAUCUAUCUAUCUAUCUAUCUAUCUAUCUAUCUAUCUAUCUCAGUCAUCCAUCUAUCUAUCUAUCUAUAUCUAUCUAUCUAUCUAUCUCAGUCUGUUCAUAUCUAUCUAUCUAUCCCAGUCUGUUCAUCAUCUAUCUAUCUAUCUAUCUAUCUAUCUAUCUAUCUAUCUAUCUAUCUCUCUCAGUCUGUUCACAUCCAUCUAUCUAUCUAUCUAUCUAUCUAUCUCAGUCUGUUCAUAUCUAUCUAUCUAUCUAUCUAUCAUCAUUGUCUAUCUCUCUCUCUCGGUCUGUUCACAUCUAUCUAUCUAUCUAUCUAUCUAUCUAUCUAUCUAUCUAUCUAUCUCAGUCUGUUCACAUCUAUCUAUCUAUCUAUCUAUCUAUCUCAGUCUCUUCAUAUCUAUCUAUCUAUCUAUCUAUGUAUCUAUCUUCAUUGCUAUCUAUCUCUCUCGGUCUGUUCACAUCUAUCUAUCUAUCUAUCUCUCUCAGUCUGUUCACAUCUAUCUAUCUAUCUAUCUAUCUAUCUAUCUCAGUCUGUUCAUCAUCUAUCAUCUAUCUAUCUAUCUAUCUAUCUAUCUAUCUUAUCUGUCUAUCUAUCUAUCUAUCUAUCAUCAUCUAUCUAUCUAUCACAUCUAUCUCAGUCUGUUCACAUCUAUCUAUCUAUCUAUCUAUCUAUCUAUCUAUCUAUCUAUCUCAGUCUAUCUCUAUCUAUUCAUUGAUCGAUCGAUCUCAGUCAUCAUAUUCAUCUAUCUAUCUAUCUAUCUAUCUAUUCAUCUAUCUACUUCAGUCUGUUCACAUCUAUCUAUCUAUCUUUCUAUCUAUCUAUGUAUCUAUCUUCAGGCCAUCUAUCUAUCUCUCUCAGUCUGUUCAUCUAUCUAUCUAUAGUCUAUCUAUCUAUCUCUCUCAGUCUGUUCAUCUAUCUAUGAGAUCUAUCAAUCUCAGAAUCUAUCUCAUCUAUCUAUGUAUCUAUCUAUCUAUCUCCAUCUAUCUAUCUAUCUAUCUAGAAAUCAUAUCUAUCUCAGUCUGUUCACAUCUAUCUAUCUCUAUCUAUCUAUCAUCUCAGUCUGUUCAUAAUCUAUCUAUCUAUCUGGUUUCUAUCAUAUCUAUCUAUCUCAGUCUGUUCAUAUCUAUCUAUCUAUCUAUCUAUCUAUCUAUCUAUCUAUCUAUCUAUCUUGUUUAUCUAUCUAUCUAUCUCUCUCUAUCUGUUCAUAUCUAUCUAUUCUCUAUCUAUCUAUCUAUCCAUCUAUCUAUCUCAUCUCAGUUGUUCAUAUCUAUCUAUCUAUCUAUCUAUCUAUCUUUCUAUCUAUCUAUUGUAUCUAUCUAUCUCAGUUUGUUUCAUCUAUCUAUCUGUCUAUCAUCUAUCUAUCUAUGUUUCUAUCUAUCUAUCUAUUGUUUCAUCUAUCUAUAUAUCUAUCUCCAUCUAUCUAUCUAUCUAUCUAUCUCAUCUGUCGACAUCUAUCUAUCUAUCAGUCUUUACAUUGAAAUAUCUAUCUAUCUAUAUCUCAAUCUAUCUAUCUCAAUCUGUUUUAUCUAUCUAUCAAUCUCAGUCUGUGGAAUUUUAUCUAUCUAUUAUAUUUUCUAUCCUAUCUAUCUCAAUCUGUUCCAUUUGAAUUGUCUUAUCUAUCUAUCUAAAAAUAAUCUAUCUAUCUAUCUAUCUCGGAUCUAUUUAACAUCUAUCUAUCUAUCUAUCUAUCUAUAUAUGUAUCUAUAUCUCUAUCUCUUGAUAUCAGGUCUGUUCAUAUCUAUCUAUCUAUCUAUUUAUCUAUAUAUCUGUCUAUCUAUAUCAGGGUUUCUGUUCACAUCUAUUAUCUAUCUAAAUAAAUCUAUCUAUCUAUCUCAGUCUGUUCAUAUGUAUCCAUCUAUCUCUGUUCAUUAUCAUUAUCUAUCUAUGUCAGUCUGUUCACACAUCUAUCUAUCUAUCUAUCUAUCUAUCUAUCUAUCUAUCUUCAUUGUCUAUCAUCUCUCUCAUAUUUUCACGUACUAUCUAUCUAUCUAUCUUCAUUGUCUAUCUCUCUCUCAUUCUGUUCACAUCUAUCUAUCUAUCUAUCUUCAUUGUCUAUCUAUCUCUCUCAGUCUGUUCACAUCUAUCUAUCUAUCUAUCUAUCUAUCUAUCUAUCUAUCUAUCUAUCUAUCUAUCUAG